AUGCUUCCUACAUUUCUGCUAAUUUCUAUGACUAUUUUGGGAAUCACCACUGUCAUAGGGUCAAUUGGCAAUUCAAUUAUCAUUGCCGUCAAUAUCACAGACAAAAUCAAGGGUAAAGUUCUCAGUCCAUCAGAUCAGAUCUUGCUAAUGAUGGGCUUAUUCAAUGUCUUAUUUCAGUUCAUAAUGAUCAUCAAUGAUUUUCUCAGCUUCCUUGAUAGUGAUUUUUACUUCUCUGAAAUGGUUUAUAUUCUAUUCUCAGCUAUUAUCAAUUUCCCAGUGUUUACCAGUUUCUGGUUAACUGCAUGUCUAUCUAUCAGCUACUGUUUCCAGAUUGUCAUCUUCACUCAUCCAUUCCUUGUGAGGCUCAAGUUUGCGGUUUUCCAGUUUAUUCCACAGCUUCUUAUUACUUCAGUUCUUAUAUCACUGGCAACUUGUAUACCUGUGAUCUGGAACACAAUCAUGUAUGAUCAACGAUUCAACAUGACAAGUAAUCAGACUAUGGAAGCCUUUUCUCCUCACUUGACUGUAGAGUAUCUGAUCAUCAGUAACCUCAUUAGUUGUUCUCUGCCACUAGUCUUAGCCGGAAUUGCCAAUGGUUUGAUUAUCAAGUCUCUUGUAGCUCACACUAAAAAGGCAGUCAGGAAUGCUAAAGGAGAUCUUAAUGCCCGAACAGAAGGUCAAGUACGGGCAGCGAGGACAAUAAGUUGCCUUCUUUUCAUCUAUGUUUGUUUCUAUAUAUCGGAACUACUAUUGUUUACUGAAAUGUUUCCACCAAGUAGUCCAGCAAUAUGUGUUUGUUUGGUGAUCAUUUACAGUUAUUCUCCUGCUCAGUCUAUUGUCCUUAUUUUAGGAAGCCCCAAACUGAAACAAGCUUCUGUCAGUAUAAUUCAUUGCCUUCAAGGUUUCAAUAAAGAAGUGGACACUUCACCAAGUGUUGCAUUUAUCAAGCUCAAUAUUAAGAGGUCAGCGACCUUUCCAAGACAACAGAAUAGGCAACAGAAUACAGAGGAAAAUUGUGAUGGUGACACUAAAAGAUGUUGA